UUCACUGGGCGUUCUGGAGAAAGGAAGGCGGGACAAGAAGUUAAUCCUCGGGGACCGUUGAUCAUGAAAAGGUUGUGUCUGCUAUCCUGGAUUUUCUGCCUAGCGUUCUGAACCGGUUUUGCUGAGGCUACUGAACAGCCAACACCAUCGCUUUAUAAUCAGAAUAUCGGUGAUGGAGAAAGAAGCCACAUUUUCUAGUACAAGCCUUAUACACGUUCCAUUUGGACAUGUUGUUGGAUGUGAGAAAUGGCGAGGGUCUCAGUUAGCCCAAGGAAUGCAAGGAAAGAUUAAGCUCGUCUUUGAGGAAGACCUGACAUUAGUAGAUUUUCAUCUUUCUAAUAGAUUCUGUAUUCUUUACAUUACUGAAGCAGACCUGGUGGCAGGAAAUGGGUAUAAGAAAAGAAUUGUUCGACUUAGAAAUGCCAGUAAUCUUCAAGGGAUAAUAAUAGUUGAAAAAACACAGAUGACUGAACAGUACUUUCUAGCAGUGCAGAAAUUUGUUGUGCUGGAACUUGGAAUGGCAUUGCUUCCUGUGUCCAGCCAAAUGGAAGCAUCCCAACUUAUUAUCCAACUGGUCCAUGAACAAACCAAAGAGCGCAAUAGGAACCCUUUUCUUAGAAAGAAAAACUGCCAGCUCUCUGAAUCAUCAGUACUUCAAACAGUACAGCAAAUACCAGGAGUUGGGAAAAUGACAGCUCUGCUUCUAUUGCAGGAGUUUGCAAGUAUCCAAAAAUUGUGCAACACAUCCAUCCAAGAACUUGAGCAAAUUGUUGGACAUACUUUAGCAGAAAAAAUGCAUAUAUUCUUUACCCAGAUAAGAUGACAGGACAUAAUCCUACAAUAGUUUUUUUUGUUGACCAGCAUCACCAACUCUUAAGAUUGUGCUUUUCUUUACCUAUAUUGAAACUAUAUUUACUAUAUUGAAACUAAGGUAAAUACCUAAAUGCUUUUUCAUCUUCUACCAAGUAUUGAAAAGAAAGGUUAACUUAGAACAUUAUCUCUAUGCUCUUGGCCAUGUCUUAACCUAGCAGACCAGACAUUGACACUCUUUGACUAAUUGUCCACUGAUAUCUUUUAUGGUUCUUAAGGUGAUGAAAAUUUGAAUGCAGUGUAUCUUAAUCUUUAGAAAUUUAUACUAGUUUCAAUUUCUAAAAGUAAUUUAGUUUAAUGAAAUUUCAUAAAUAAUGAUGUUACAACCUCGACUGUAACAUCAAUCUUCUCAGACUUCCUGUGACAUUUCCGAUGGUUGCUAAAGUCAGAAGCAAUAGUCACUAAAAUAUUAUGUAUCACAGAUGUCUGAAGUAUAUUACUUCAGUUUUGGACAUAAAAUAUUAUUGAUUAUAGGACUACAACUUAAAUAAAACUUUUGGCGACUUAAAAUAUUCAGGUUAAACACCCUAGAUUUUUAAAAGAGAAAAAAAAAACUGAAGAAAACAAAAGAUAAAUUAAUAGGCAUUUAUUUAAAUACAUUAGCCUCUACAAAUAAUGUUAAAGGCACUGUUUGGAAACACUUGUUAAAAGUAUUAAUGGUACAUUUAGCAAUUCAGGUUUUGGGGGGGUUCCUGUAUUCAGGUACAUAAGCAAAAAAAAGUCAUUACUUAGAAAACAUUUGGAUUUUAAGUCUUACAUAGAGCUUUUUUAUUUAUUACAAAGGAAAGUUAACAAGUUUUUUUUUUCCGCCAGAAGUUUAUUCAAGGUGCAUUUAUACAUUUUUCUACUUUAAAGAAAAUGGAAAAUGUUUUGAGUAUCAAACAGUAUAAUAUCUACCCUGUAGAUGGUAUUUUCAUCUAACACUACUGUGUUAGCAAUGUGAAAAUUAUUUUUUUCAACAAUUUUUUCAAAGCUGGUUCUUUCUUGUAAAGUAUUAAUCAUGAAAUUUGGCACUAGGUUAUAUCCAGAAUAUGCAAUUAUGCUAAAAGUGUGCAGAUUUGUCAUUCAUUUUGUACAGUGAUCAAAGUAGAGCUUGUCAUUGAGUAUGCAGAAAUAUUUUGAUAACAGUAACACAAAUCCACUACUGUAGUCUGCUGGAUACUAGCUGCCAUGUUGUAUAUAGUAUUUGUUUGAAUUAAAGAUGUUUUUUCAAACUCAAUCUAUUACAUAGCAAAUAUCAACAAUACAAAUAAAAGAAUUAGUUGUGAA